AACUUCUCCCGCCAAGUUCCUCAGUCUGGAAUCAAUAUUCGGUGCAGGCGGUAAGCGGCAGCCCCUUCCUUGUGAAGUAUUGAUUUUAUUUAUAGCGCUGGGAAACUUAAGUAGCAUUGUUUGUUGGCAGCAUGAUGGCGUUUAUUUCCUCGGUUAUCUACUUCGUGGGCUCGCUCACAAUAGUAGCAUAUCUGUACGACAACCUAAAGUCCUUGUUUAGUAUCACCAAGGCGGUCCUGCUACCCUUCUUCCAGCCUCAAUUGCCAAAGACAUUGGUGGAAAAGUACGGCCAAUGGGCAGUGGUGACUGGUGCCACCGAUGGCAUUGGAAAGGAAUACGCCAGGGAGCUGGCUCGUCAGGGUCUCAACUUGGUGCUCAUCUCGAGGACACAGGCGAAGCUGAUUGCCGUCACCAAUGAGAUUGAGAGCCAGUACAAAGUGAAGAUCAAGUGGAUCGUUGCAGAUUUCGCCAAGGGACGCGAGGUGUACGAGCACAUUGAAAAGGAACUGGCGGGAAUUGAGGUUUCAAUUUUGGUUAACAAUGUGGGCAUGAUACACGAGCCCGAGACCCUUGACCAGGUGUCGGAGGAUCUGCUGUGGGACCUGCUCACCGUCAACAUGGGAUCGGUGACCAUGCUCACCCGCAAGCUCCUGCCCAACAUGAUUGGCCGCCGAAGGGGAGCCAUCGUGAACCUGGGAUCCUCCUCGGAACUCCAGCCCCUGCCCAACCUGACCGUCUACGCGGCCAGCAAGAAGUUCAUGACCUUCUUCUCCAAGGCCCUGGAGGCGGAGGUGGCCGAGCACAACAUCGACGUGCAGCUGGUGAUGCCCGGCUUUGUGCGCACCAACAUGACCGCCUAUGCUGACCAUGUGCUGCCCGGAGGAGUGCUCUUCCCCAACGCCUACACCUAUGCCCGGUCCGCUGUCUUUACACUGGGAAAAACGAGCGAGACCAACGGGUUCUGGACACAUGCGGUUCAGUACGCCCUCAUGAAGUUGGCCCCCGAGCCGGUACGCACAGUCUUCGCCCAUAGGCUCUUCGGCCGAUUAAGACUCGUGAGCCUCGAGGGCAAGCAAAAGAAACUAAGCCUAUAGUAACUUGUUAGCUUCCAAGUUAUAUAAAUACUUGGUUUUUAGUCGUUAGGCCUAAACUGUAACUAGAAAAACAAAUUUGUAUACAAAUGAAAUAAAUUAAAGUUUUUAACAAAAGAAAAGAGGCGACUAAAAAAGCCGGCUGCCAAAAA